UCAGGUCGCGGCGGCCAUUUUGUUCCGCCCGGAGUGCCCCUAAGAUGGCGGCAAGGGAGACGGUGAAGGUUGUUACCUGCUCCUCCGGGCUGUAACUGCCGGCUCCCUGUCCCCCCACAGCCGGCCCAUGGCCUGACGGCGGCCCAGACCAUGGACCUCCACACCGCCGUGUACAAUGCCGCUCACGACGGCAAGCUGCAGCUGCUCCAAAAGCUGCUUAGCGGCCGGAGCCGGGAGGAGCUUGAAGAGCUGAUGGGCGAGGUGGCGACCGGGGGGACGCCGCUGCUCAUCGCCGCCCGCUACGGCCACCUGGACGUGGUGGAAUACCUGGUGGACCGGUGCGGCGCGAGCGUGGAGGCCGGCGGCUCGGUGCACUUCGACGGCGAGACCAUCGAGGGCGCGCCGCCGCUGUGGGCCGCCUCGGCCGCCGGCCACCUGGACGUGGUGCGGAGCCUGCUGCAGCGCGGGGCCUCGGUGAACCGCACCACGCGCACCAACUCCACGCCGCUGCGCGCCGCCUGCUUCGACGGCCACCUCGAGGUGGUGCGCUACCUGGUGGGCGAGCACCAGGCCGACCUGGAGGUCGCCAACCGGCACGGCCACACGUGCCUCAUGAUCUCGUGCUACAAGGGCCACCGCGAGAUCGCGCGCUACCUGCUGGAGCAGGGCGCGCAGGUGAACCGGCGCAGCGCCAAGGGCAACACGGCCCUGCACGACUGCGCCGAGUCCGGCAGCCUAGAGAUCCUGCAGCUGCUGCUGGGCUGCAACGCCCGCAUGGAGCGCGACGGCUACGGCAUGACGCCCCUGCUGGCGGCCAGCGUGACCGGCCACACCAACAUCGUGGAAUACCUGAUUCAGGAGCAGCCUGGAGAGCAGCCCCGCGCAGGGCCACCCCAGGAAGGCUGCUCCACCAGCCAGGGCGGCCUGCAGGGCGCUCGCACCUGCGGCUCCUCCGCAGAGGAGCAAGGCAACGGUGAAUCCUACGAAAGCUGCUGCCCCACCAGCAGGGAGGCCGCCGUGGAAGCCUUGGAGUUGCUGGGAGCCACUUACGUGGAUAAGAAGCGUGAUCUGCUGGGGGCCCUUAAGCACUGGAGACGCGCCAUGGAGCUGCGGCACCAGGGGGGCGAGUAUUUGCCCAAACCCGAGCCCCAGCAGCUGGUCCUGGCCUAUGACUAUUCCAGGGAGGUGAACACCUCGCAAGAGCUGGAAGCGCUGAUCACAGACCCGGAUGAGAUGCGAAUGCAGGCCCUGCUCAUCCGAGAGCGCAUCCUGGGCCCCUCGCACCCGGACACGUCCUAUUACAUCCGCUACCGAGGCGCGGUGUAUGCUGACUCGGGCAACUUCGAGCGCUGCAUCCGCCUGUGGAAGUAUGCCCUAGACAUGCAGCAAACCAACCUGGAGCCCCUGAGCCCCAUGACCGCCAGCAGCUUCCUGUCCUUUGCUGAACUCUUCUCCUACGUGCUGCAGGAUCGGGCAGCCAAGGGCAGCCAGGGCACGCAGAUCGGCUUCACAGAUCUCAUGGGGGUGCUCACCAAAGGGGUGCGGGAGGUAGAGCGCGCCCUGCAGCUGCCCAAGGAUCCCGGAGACUCGGCCCAAUUCACCAAGGCGCUGGCCAUCAUCCUGCACCUCCUCUACCUGCUGGGGAAGGUGGAGUGCAGCCCCAGCCAGGAGCACCUGAAGCACCAGACUGUCUACCGCCUGCUCAAGUGCGCGCCCCGAGGCCGCAACGGCUUCACGCCCCUGCACAUGGCAGUGGACAAGGAGACCACCAACGUGGGCCGCUACCGCGUGGGCACCUUCCCCUCCCUGCAUGUGGUCAAAGUGCUGCUGGACUGCGGGGCUGACCCGGACAGCAGGGACUUUGACAACAACACGCCGCUGCACAUUGCGGCCCAGAACAACUGCCCGGCCAUCAUGAACACCCUGAUCGAGGCCGGAGCCCACAUGGAUGCCACCAACGCCUUCAAGAAGACGGCUUACGAGCUACUUGACGAGAAGCUGCUGGCCAGGAGCUCCGUGCAGCCUUUCAACUAUGUCACCCUGCAGUGCCUGGCCGCCCGCGCCCUGGACAGGAACAAGAUCCCCUACAAAGGCUUCAUCCCGGAGGAGCUAGAGGCUUUCAUCGAGCUGCACUGAUCUCGCCCUGCCCAGAGGGGAGAGAAGGGUGGAGAGCCCGCCUCCUUGCUCCUCCGCCUGCCCGUGAGGCAGAGGGCAGGGCCUGGCUGAGCUGUUGCCACCGGGAGCUUUCAGGGUCCUGUGCUGAGAAGGGUUGCUCAGGGAGCCCAGCCACCCGUCCUGAAGGGAAGCAGACACGGCCCCGUGCUGUCGCCUGGGUGUGGUAGGAGCUUGGCCUCGGGCUGAGACACAGGUUGGCCCACAGCUGGCACCCACUCCUGGGUCCAGGUACCAGCACAGUCCUAGGACUGGGCCUCUAGAAGUCGGGAAGUCCAGAAGCAGGGCCACUCUGGAGUCCCCCAGCACCGUCACACCGUGGGCCCCUGUGCCCCGCGUCAUGUGCGGCUGGUUUAAUGUUUACUUAGUGAUCCGGCAGCUUACUGGCACUGCACAUGCACUCUGAGAAGUUGCUGCCUUUAUUUUUCUUAGGAAUCUUGCCACACUUGUAGUUCAUGCCAGGGCCUGAGGGUUUUUCAGCGGCCGAGGCACGCGUGGUGGCAGGGACCUGGUGAGUGAGGUCAGGAGUCGCUGCAGCGCGGGCACAGCACACAGCCGUGUGUCUGCACCGGCCUUCCAGCCUUGCACUCAAGGGAAGCAACCUCGCUCACCAGGAAGGCAGUCGGGCGCCCAGGACUGGCGGCAAAACUUGACCAGUUUGCUGUCCUGCGUGGUUCCCGUGGGUCUGCUCGUCACUGUCCAAGUGAUGAUAGACUCCUCUGCUGGAAAGCCCAAACCUAUCACUGUGGGUGCCUGGACAGGUGGCCUUGCCAGGCCCUCGCCUGCUCCGGGGACCUGAGCCCAGGAUUUCUGAGAAAGGCACAAGGACGGCACGCUCAGCGAGGCUGGCCAAGACCGUGGACGUCCGGCUGCCUGCUGAGGGCUCCACAGAGCCAAAGGCUAGAGCAAGAGCGAGCCGAGGUCGGAGGCGGGCCGCAGGCUGGCCUUCCAUCCCUCUGGGUGGUGGGUGCGGGAGGACCUGCCCCAUGCCUUCACCCCGGGAACAAGGUCAGCAGUGCCCGCACCUCCCAGGGUCACGAAGGCCCCAGCCCCUAAGGGUCCCAGACACAGGCCCGAGAAGGCGGCCAGGCGUAGAUUUGCAGUGUUCGCUAGGAAAUGAGUUACUGCUGAGACAGGCUUCGACUUCCCAGGAGGGCGCGCCACUCCCGGCCCUUCCAGAGCACAGCAGGCAGCCAAGAGCUGCGGUCUCCCAGCUAUGUUGUGGCAUUAAAGGAGAUUACUGGAAGAGAA